AUGCCUGCCCCGUCACUGAAGCACCUGGCAACUAUUACAGCGAUUAAACAUGUGAAAUCGAUAAACGAUGUCGGUAACCUGCCGUAUGCGCUCGUCCGUCCCAUCCUCAUGAGAGUCGAUAAUCCGGAGAAAUUACACGCAAUGGAACUCCUCUCUCCCUACCUCGCCGAAGCAGACCAGGAAAUCUGGCUCGAGUUGAUCAAGCGUGAUAUUCCACAAUGGCAAACCUACGAUCUCCCUCAACAGUCUAAUCGCUGGUACGACAUAUACUGCGAUCUUCAGGCGGAAGUUCAACGGGAGCUCGAUGCCGACGCAGCGAAGUUGAAAAUGGCCAUCGACGGGAUUAAAUCCGAGCGCGCUCAACUGCAACCCAAGGUCAUGAACUCAAUUCCGCGUGGUGCUCGAAGUUCACGCCCACGGAUCAUGUCGAGAGGGCUCACUAUCUCUCGUCCCGGGACAAUGUCUGCCCCGGAUGCGAGGAAGAAGUCGGCGAUUUUCGCACCUCAAAGGAGGAACACUGCGUUGGCUGUCCCGACCAAGCAUCUCAACAACCGGGCGACGCAGGUCAAAAAGGCUCCAUUGUCAUUGAUCGAGGCACAUCGUCGGCCAGCGGAGUCGCCUCUGCCUAAACGCGAGAAUGGGCUGGGGAGAAUGUCGGUCCCUGGUAGAACUGCGUCGGGCCCAUCUCAUGCAGCGGCUCAGUCGCCAAGCUCGUCGUCUCUGGCCGAUCGGGAGGCAAGAUUGAGAGCGAUCGCAUCGGGAAAACCGAUCACUCCUAGACCACUGCCUUCGUCCUCUUCUUCAGGCGCAGGUACGGAUCGCUCUCGUACUGCUGGUCAUUCUUUAUCUUCGGCCAAAGAAGGUCUUUCGCCGGGCAAGAAGAUUAUCCCGAAACGUAAAGCAACAUCCUCGCCACCUCAGUCGACCAGGGCCAGUGGUCCGCCCACAGCUGCACCAGGCGAUACUGGUUCUGAGCCGGCUGCUCGACCUGCUCUCGGUCGGAAGCGAUCUGAAGUGGACAUAUUUCUUCGACCAAAGAAAAAGCGAAUUGUCUAG